AUGGCUGAUAAAGAGCAAAUAACAAUGCCGAAUUUAAAUUUUAGUAUAAAAUCACCAAAUAAUAUAUUAAGCAUUUCAAAAUAUGUAGAAUAUUAAAUUUAGCGAACAUUUGACUCUAUAAAAACACAGAUCCAUGGAAUAAUUAUUAAAAUCUCCUGGAAUUCAAGAACUUAUCAAAGAUUCUAUACAAUCAGUUUUAAAUAAUCCUAAUCAUAUUACAUCCUAUAGAUAUCAACAUCAAGAGAGAUCUGAAAGUCCAAUCCCUUCUUCGUAAUUGCCUAAACUAGAAAGGUACAAUAAUACAAAUGUUUUGAAGUAAAUCCAUUAUCUUAAAAAGAAGAAGAGUAUAUAAUUUACUAAUAAUAGAUGGCAAUUCUCCUAAAACUACUAAAAAAUCUUACAACCUUCAUUAGAAGUUUAAGUAAGGUCGUUUUCUAUAGAUGUUUCCAUAAGUUGAUGGUUAGAAUACCUUGAAAAUAUAAUCAAAGCCUAUCCACGUGAUAAGUAUUAUUGAAAGUAACAUUAGAGAGGAUUAAAUUGUAGGAAGCCUUUCUAAAUAAUUCUUUGGACUCUAAAGCAGAGAGAGACAUUAUUGAAAAGCUGAAAUAGAAGAUGGAAAUGGACAAACAGAACAGAUUAAAUGAAAUUGAAACAGUAAAGGCCUUGAAAUUAAUAGAGCCUCGUAAAAAUUCUUAGUUGCUUAAGACAUCUAGAAAUUCCAAAUAUGAAAACAUCUCUAAUAUGUCUGGCUUUUCUUUAUCACAAUAGAUGCCAUAAUUGGCAGGUCCUGUUUUAUUAUAACCAUUAUAAUAAUAAUUAUAAGGGUAAAAAUAAAAAAUAAAAAAAUAAAAAAAGUUUGAUGGCAUUUACUUUAUUGAUCCAAAAUAUCCUUAAGAUGUUGUAUUCUAAGAAAAAUAUGCCUCGAUGAGACACUAUUUUAAUAUUUUGAAUCUUUCAAAUUGCAUAUUUGUUUAACCAACAGUAAACAUUUAUAAGGCAUAUGUUGGAAAAGGAAAUAACGGUAUGCUGGUGAGAUAAAUAUUAAAAUCUCGAUGGUGGUGGAGUAUAUAAGAUGAAAUGGAAGCAUGUCAUUUUGUAUGGACCCAAUUAAAAGUGAAUUCGAUUCAUGAGAAUAUGAGGUCAUUGAUCCGAAAUCCAAAUGAAUAAAAUACUUGUUAAAGUGCUUCCUCCUCAAUUACUACAAUAGGUUCAUUGGGAUUAAAUAAAUAAGAUGAUUAAAGUGAUAAUGAAUAACAAAUUAAAAAUAAUAAAAUAGACCACUCUCUAUGGAACAAAUUUUUAUCUCUUAAUGAGAUAAGAUAAUUUAGUCAAAUAUUGAAUGCUUUAGGAAGAUCUUCAAAAUUAUUAACUAUAGAAUAAGCUUAAAAUAUAAAGAUGAAAUUGGCUAUAUAUAAUGAGCCAAUAAAAAUGCAUAAUCAUUUGGAAAAUAAUUUUCAUUUGGGUAAUAAGAAAGCCUUGUUUUACAACAUGAAGGCUUAUUAUGAAUCAUAAAAUAUCAACGCAUUCGACAAUUUGCCAGUCACUUAUCAUAUUAAAAGUUAGGAUGGUCCAGAAUAUUAAUAAUUUUUAGAGGCCUACAGGGAACGAUAAUAAUUGAUAACUUUAGAAUAGGACAAACGAAGAAACAUUUGGAUAAUAAAACCAGGAGAAAUUACAAACAGAGGCAAUGGAAUAAAGAUUUCAGAGGAUUUGAAUGAAAUAUAGUCUAUAUUAAAUUCAAAGGAAGUUCACAAAAAUGGAAGCUAUAAGACAUUCAUAGUGUAAUUGUAUAUUGAUCGCCCCUUACUUUACAAUAAACGAAAGUUUGAUAUCAGAUGUUACAGUUUAUAUGUUUCUAUAAAUGGAAAUCAAAAGGGUUAUUGGUAUACUGAAGGAUAUGUCAGAACAUCAAGUAAGGAAUUCUCAAUGAAAAAUCUGACAAACAAAAUGAUUCAUCUCACUAAUGAUGCUGUAUAAAAGAAAGGAGAGGAUUAUGGCAAAUAUGAAAAAGGUAACAAAGUGAGUUUUGAAGAGUUCGCAGUGUAUAUUGAGAAUUUAGGAGGGGAUUUUACAAAAAUUUAUUAAAAAAUGAAAGUAUAACUUUUUUGUAGUUUAUAUUUUAGUAAAUGGCAACUGAUUAAUUUAGAGCUGUUUAUGGUAAAAUGGACUAGAAUAAAAAAGAGAAUACUUUCGAAAUAUUUGGAUUAGAUUUUAUGAUUGAUGAAUCAUUUAAAGUUUUAAUGAUCGAGGCAAAUACUAAUCCGUCCAUUGAAAUUUGCUGUCCGCUUUUGUCAAAGUUGAUUCCUCAAAUGCUAGAUAAUGCGUUCAAGUAUUAAAUGAUUUAACUGAAAGAAUAUGUUUAGAUCCAAUAUUUCCACCUCCUAAUUUUUACAAUCCUAAAAAGAUAGUGUGUGAUAAUUAUCUAGAUAAUAAGUUCGAAUUGGUUUUUGAUGAGGUUACUGAUGCACCACUUUUAAAUUAGAGUUAAUAAUAUUGUAAUAUCAUAUUUGUUUAUUGUUAAAGAUGAUAUUGGUCUAAUUGAAGAGGAAUCUGAAGAGGAAGAAGAACCUUAAUGA